AAAAAACGAGAACAGUUUCAAACACGUCGGCAUAAAAUCUCACAUCCUGAGCUCCCUAUUUUUCUCUCUCUCUCUCUUCUUCUCCCUCCUUGCCUGCAGACGGACUUCAUGACUUUAUUCCUCCUCUGCGCGCUAAUGCCCGAGACCACACCGAAACGAAGGAUUUUUCUCCCUUGAGCAUGAAAAGGAUUGCCAAAUCAUCCGCAAUCCAACAUCACCGACUGAGCCACCAGCAGCAUGAGCACUGGAUACAUAUGCUCCAGCAGAAGUUGUUGGCUAGAGAACUAACAAACCUCGGAGCACAGAUACAGCGAAGAGGGGAGAGUCAGUUUUAGGUCUCCACAUAAUGGAGCGAGAAUGAACAGAGAGCGGCUGAAAAAAAAGCAUGAACUGGAGGUUUAUUGAGGUCAUCUGCUUCCUGUUUAUAUGGGACCAUAUAACAGUUCAGUCUUCCCGCCAGGACCCAUUGGCCACUGAGCAACAUGUCACCAAGCAAUAUGACUGGCUCAUCUCUGACCGAGGACCUUUCCACCACGCUCGGAGUUAUCUGUCCUUUGUGGAAAGAUUCCGCCAAGGAUUUACGACCAGAUAUAAAAUUUAUAGGGAAUUUGCACGUUGGAAGGUGAGGAACACCGCCAUCGAGAGAAGGGACCUGAUCCGAAACCCGGUCCCGCUCAUGCCUGAGUUCCAGCGCAGCGUCCGCCUGCUGGGCCGCAGACCCACGACUCAGCAGUUCAUCGACACCAUCAUUAAGAAAUAUGGAACCCACAUUCUCAUCUCAGCCACCCUGGGAGGAGAGGAGGCGCUGACGAUGUACCUCGCCAAAAACAAGCUGGACAGGAAGCUUGUCAACGCUACUCAGAAUGUGGAAGCCCUUCAUCAGCUGGCCUCAUCCUACUUCAUCGACCGAGACGGGACGAUGAAGAAGCUCCAUGAGAUCCAGAUCUCCACCAAUGCCAUCAAGGUGACAGAGACUCGGACAGGCCCACUUGGUUGCAGUAGCUAUGACAAUCUGGACUCAGUGAGCUCGAUCCUUCUGCAGAGCCCUGAGAGCAAGAUUCAUCUGCAAGGUCUCCAGGUCAUUUUCCCAGAAUACCUCCAGGAGAAAUUUGUCCAGUCAGCUCUGAGCUACAUCAUGUGCAACGGAGAGGGGGAGUACGUGUGCCACAACAACCAGUGCAUCUGUCAGUGCGCAGACGAGUAUCCCCAGUGCAACUGUCCUAUCACCGACAUCCAGAUCAUGGAGAACACGCUGCUGGGCAUGUCUGAGUCCUGGGCCUCCUCUUACAAGGACUUUGAGAACUCUGAUGAGUUCAAGUCUUUCCUGAAGAGGCUUCCGUCCACUCACUUCCUGCCCAUCAACAGCGUGCACCUCCUCUGGGGCAGCGACUGGGACCUUCAGGCUCGCUACCGGCUCCUUCAGAGCUCCCUAGAGAUCCAGCGGCUCAAGAUCCAGCGCAACGCCCGCAAGCUCUUUGGCCUCAGCAUCCGUUGUCACCACAACCCCAACCACCAGAUGCCUAGGGAGAGAUCUGUGAUGCAGUGGCUCAACAGGGUCCAGUCCUUCCUCUACUGCAACGAGAACGGAUUCUGGGGGACCUUCCUGGAGAGCCAAAGGACAUGCGUAUGCCACACGGGAGGCACUCUAUGCCAGAGACCAAUCCCGUGUGUAAUUGGUGGCAACAACAGCUGUGCCAUGUGCAGCCUGGCCAACAUCUCACAAUGCGGCUCCUGCAACAAGGGUUACAAGUUGUACCGCGGUCGCUGUGAGCCCCAGAAUGUGGACUCGGAACGGAGCGAGCAGUUUAUCAGCUUCGAAACGGAUCUGGAUUUUCAGGACCUGGAACUGAAAUACCUGUUACAGAAAAUGGAUUCACGAUUGUACAUUCACACUACUUUCAUCAGUAACGAGAUUCGGCUAGAGACCUUUUUUGACCCUCGAUGGCGCAAGCGCAUGUCCCUGACGCUCAAGAGUAACAAGAACCGGAUGGACUACCUCCACAUGAUAAUUGGUCUAUCGAUGAAGAUCUGCCAGAUGCGAAAUAGCAGCAUUGAUCCCAUGUUCUUUGUAUAUGUCAACCCAUUUAGCGGUAGUCACUCGGAAGGCUGGAGCAUGCCCUUUGGGGAACAUGGAUACCCACGUUGGGAAAAGGUCCGACUGCAGAACUCCCAGUGCUUCAACUGGACUCUUCUGCUCGGCAAUCGGUGGAAGACCUUCUUUGAGACGGUGCACAUUUACCUGCGUAGUCGCGCUAAGAUCCCAACCGGCCUGCGCAAUGACACAGGGCAGGGUCCGGUGGAUCUGGCAGACCCUAACAAGCGUCAGAUCUACAUAAAAAUAUCAGAUAUCCAAGUGUUUGGCUACAGCCUUCGAUUUAACGCCGACCUGCUCCGCAGUGCCGUACAGCAGGUCAACCAGUCGUACACACAAGGAACUCAGUUCUACUCGUCGUCAUCCGUUAUGCUCCUCUUACUGGACAUCCGGGAUCGGAUUAACCGCCUUGCCCCUCCGUCUGCGCCUGGAAAACCCCAGCUGGACCUCUUCUCUUGUAUGCUUAAGCAUAGGCUCAAGCUUAACAACAGCGAAAUGAUUCGGGUGAAUCAUGCCUUGGACAUGUACAGCACAGAGAUACUAAAACAAUCAGAUCACCUGACUGCUAAACUCUGCUGAAUAUAGCAACAUUAACAUAAGGACAGCAAAGAGAAACACCCGACAAAUGAACUACAAGAGGGUAUUAAUCCUAAUUUUGUUUUCUCUUCUUUCAUUUUUGGACCUUUUCUGCCUUUUGAUGUAAUAUUAACUUUGUAAGCAUAAUUCUUAAAGUGAAAAAGGAAAAAAGAAGUGAUGAAAAGCAUUUCGGGCAGAUAAAGAAGAUAAAUGGAACCACUAUAAGGACUGUAUCAUAUUUGUCCCAGCAUGUCUGUCAUUCCCUAAAAGAACUCAAAAGAGAGAGAGUGAACAAAAAAAAAAUUAAAUCUAUUUACUGGUGAAAAAGAGGCCUUGAUUUUACUCUGAGGGAUCAAAGGUUUUAUCUGAAACUGCCAUUCUUUAUUGAGAAAAAAAAAUACAUUUUUAAAGGAGUAAUGACACAACACAAGGGCAGACCAGAUAUGCUUUUAUUUCAGGAGGAUAUUUCAGACAUAAUGCAGAGUUUAAUAUUCAAAAUGUUUAUACAUCGUAAGGAUUAAAUAGCCCUAGCGACGACGUAGUCAACACAUUACUUAUAGACUCUUUAUUACAUUUCAAACCCACAGCGAAUCUGCAUUUCUCUUUGUGAGUUAUGAGGCACUCUGUCAUUGUUCUGACACACACGGCACACAGCAGGGCGGUAAUGGAUAGUCAUGUCAAAUAACAAAAGCCAGCUGUUUAUAUAUACAUAUAUAUGUGGGUGAAUGUGAGCGUGGGCAAGUGUGCGUAUCCCUUUUUUUGGCUUGACGCUUAUUGCUGUUCGUUACUUGAAUGUGUCAUUUGAGAUUGACUCCAGUCUAAGCUAAAAACUUCGCAUUUGGAGCGCUUCUUUCCCGUGUUUGAAAUUCAAGCUGUGUUUUUUCACAAGGCAGUACCUCCUGGUGCGUGAGUGCAAUAUUGUGGUCUGAAGAAAAUUUAACAAUCAAUGCUAUUUUGUACAGCUUUGCAAAAUGUACAUGUUGUGACUGCUGAUUUGUGGAGCUUUUCAGCACCAAGAGCAAAAUGUAAAACACUCAUCGUUCAGGCACAUUUGCAAGACAACUUAAAGCCAUACGCUCCCCCCUCCCUGAGAUAACCAUACGGUAAGACAUAAAGCUCAUCCCUGUUUCACAAAGUACCAUUACAUGAGGAAAAUACACACUUCCAUUUGUUUGUUUUUAUUUCAGCCUCAGUUUUAUGAUAAGAGCACAGCAUAGAGACAGUGACAAGAGGCGGCGUAUUAUGUUGGAUAAGAAUCGUGCUGUAAAGCCAUUGAAUUGCUCUGUUGUGCCACCAGGAAAAGAAAAAGAAAUGGUUAUAUUAAAGCUUCAAAUACCUUUUUUGGCAGUGUUAAAUCUGUAAGCUUUUUUAUGAUUGCAGUUUUUCUUUCCAGAUAUGAGAUUUAACCUUGUUUUGCAUGUUGCUGAAAGUGUCAACAAAGCUGCAAUGUUUUAUUUAAACACUCUCAAUCAUCAAAAUGAGAAAUGAAACACUACCUAUGAAAUGUUGGUCACAUUUUAUUUGGGUAAUCCAAUGCUGAAGUAUUGCUUUUGCUGAUGUGAUUUGGAGGUCUGGAUCAUUAUCUGCAUGAUUGCUUACAACAACAAAGGCAAGGUCACUCAUGCCAUACUGCUUAGCAUUUUUAAUAUGGAUGAGUCUGGACUAUUGACUGUAUAUAAAUAUGGACAACACAGCUUUAUCGCCUUUCAUUGUACAAAAAUAAAGCCAAAAUUCCCCUGUAGAACCUGCAAACUUAGCAAUUGCCCACAAAUGUAAUACACCACAAAUGUAAAACAAAUUUGCAGCUUUUAGUCUGAUAAUCCAACAAACGUAAUAAAUGUCCUACAUAUUUACUGCUACAUCAUUUGAAAGGUUUAACUCCCUGUCUCUCACAUUGCAUUAAAUUCCCAUAAAUGCAAUGUGAAAAUGAAAAAUAAAAUUCGUGGUCAUUGUCCGUAGUAGCCUUUUUACAAGUGAGCUCAAGUCACAUGAAAACAUAAGCCGUUUUUACACAUAGAUUUCACAAUAAAGGUGAAAAGGAUUGUCCGUCUCUGUUCCGCAACGAGCAAUCCACACAAAGGUGUAACAGAGCCUUGCACGCCCAAACUUACACACACACCCCAGCGUCUCGUAAUCAGAUGGCAGCCACUGCCCAAGCUGGUGCUUUUAAUGAAACUCAAAACUCUGGAUUUCUCGGUUCAAAACUUUGUAUUUUCUAAACGAAAUACGGGGAAAAUAACAUGAACAUUCAUUUUGAUCGAUUGGAUCCAAUAGAGUUUUUUUCCUCCACGUUUCUGAGUUGGAGGUCCGACUUUAAGUAGUGUCACAGUACACGAGGUCAGAAACUUCAGAGUACCGAGCUCACUUGAACACAUCAUGGAACUUUUCAGACGCUGCUGUGAGCAGAGAUGUGUGUGCUCUCUCCUCUCCUGUACAGAGUGUGAUCAGCUCUCUAACCUCGCAGUCUCACCAGUUAAUCCACAUUAUUCUUCGUUUUAUCCCGCUGUUGUUUUCUCAGAUGAAAUGCUGCUUGAUUAAACCGCGCUGGUUUUUUAAUCUCCCGUUUAUGGAGACAGCAGCGCACACUUGCCGUUGCGGAAUGCUUUGACGUCCUUUCACACCCGUUGCGGAAAAGUCUGUUACAGCUCUGAUACUACCUCUCGAGCCGGAUCAGAGGUGGGGCGAGAUCGACCCUCCAUUGCGGAAUGGUCGCUUUCAUACAGAACGGCAUUGCGGAACGAAGGCAUAACGGACACGGAAAAGAGAGGCAAUGUGAAAGUUGUUUUAGUCAUUGGGAUUUUUCCAUUCGCCAUGAAACAGGAAGUUAUUUUCAAGGGUCUAGAAAACACUUGUUAAGCUACGAAUCUUAGCACAAAAUUUCUGAAUGAGAAAAGGAGAGAAUUGAUAUCAGAAAUAUGGUCAACGCAGCUUUAUCCCUUUCUCAUUGUACAAAAGUAAAGCCAAAAUUCCCCUGUAAAACCUGCAAAUUUAGCAGUUGCUCACGAAUGUAAUACAAAUUUGCACCUUUCAGUCUGAUAAUCCAAAAAAAGUAAUACAUUUCCUACAUAUUUACUACAAUGUUGAUUUGGAAGGUUUAACUCUCUGUCUCUUAAAACUUUAACUUCCGAAAAAUGUAAUGUGAAAAUGAAAAAUAAAAGUUGUGGCCAUUGUUUGUAGUCGCCAUUUUAUAACUGCAAAUGGGUUGAAGUGAGCUCAAGACACAUGAAAACAGUCAUUUGGGUUUUUCCGUUCGCCAUGAAACAGGAAGUUGUUUUCAAGGGUCUAAAAACACUUGUUAAGCUACAAAUCUUAGCAGUGAAUGUUUGACUUUCUUACUGUACAAAAGUAAAGCCAAAAUUCCCCUGUAAAACCUGCAAACUUAGCAAUUGCUCAAAAACAUAAUAAACUACAAAUGUAAUUCAAAUUUGCAGCUUUUAGCCUGAUAAUCCAAAAAACGUAAUACAUUUCCUACAUAUUUUCAACUAUGCUGAAUUGGAAGGUUAAACCCUCUGUCUCUCAAAUUUGUAUAAACUUCCCACAAAUGUAAUCUGAAAAUGAAAAAUUAAAGUUGUGGUCAUUGUUUGUAGUAGCCUUUUUACAACUGCAAAUGAGUUCAAGUGAGCUCAAGUCACUUAAAAAAAUAUGGCUAUUGGUAUAUUUUUGCUCGCCAUGAAACAGGAAGUUUGUUUCCAGGGUCGUAAAAGCAGUAGUAAAGCUAUGAAUCUUAGCACAAAAUGUUUGGAUGAAACAAUGAGAGGAUCAAUAUCAGUUUUGGAAAAUCUGCAAUAUCAAGUGGUUCUUCUUGAUUUAAGCCCACAAAGGGGAUUCAUCUAAACAAAGCAAUUUUACAGGUGAUAGAGCUGAAAAAACAUAAUUCUUUCUGCAUGUGAACAAAACUCACAUGCUUGGACUGUGCUGGCUCUCCCUAUUAAAGCAAGUUAUUGUGUCUUGAACAUAGAGUGUACAAACUUCCUGACACUAAAAUGUAAAAUUUUUUGUGUGGAUGAGGAUUUUAAGUUUAUGUUAAAACAGUAACACUCCAACACUCCUCUGAGAGCUGUUUAGACAAAUUUUAACUUUUUUUAUCCACUUGGAUAAGAUUCAUUGCUCUACCAGUGUUUAAAGACAUUGAAAAAACUACUUCCUGUUUCAUGGCGAAAAAAAAAUAUAUAUAAAACUACAUUUUUGAUGUGACUUGAGCUUAAGCUGACUUGAGCUUACUGGCAGUUGUAAAAAGGCUACAACAAACUGACCACAUUUAGUUUCAUGUUCAUAUUAUAUUUGUGGGAAAUUAUUACAGUUUUUUAAAUUUCUGGUCAGGAGAAGAGCAAAAACAUCCUUUUCUUUCAAAGAAAAGUAUUCAGUGUCACUCUUUGCUGUCCAGCUCUGAUAAAACUGACUCUGACUGGGAAAAAGUAUUUCAGAUCCAAGCUUUGCAAGAUGGAUCUGUGUGAUGAUGAAGGUUACUUAUUUUGGCAUCUUACCAAACACUUGUUCAAAAAUCCCAUUGACUUUGAGACAAUGAAAUAAGAAGUUCUUCAAUGUUAAUGCAUUUCCAGGGUUUAGGACUGCAGCUCUUUUAACUAAGAGUAUUAAACAUCGAUCAGUGUGGUACAGCCCACAGCAGAACACAUUGCAGGAGCUACAUUUGUCACGUAACAUUUAUCCUUUUUGCAUCAAAUGACUAAUUAAAAUCGAAGUUCUUAGAAAAAUGAACACUUGCUCUCAAAUCAGCAUCACUUUAACUACAAGUGAAGACAGAGUCCAGUUUUGAGAAAUGUUGUUUUGCGUCGUAUUUAACUUUCAAAGUCUGGCGCUUGCCCCAUCUGUUUACAUGGAGGAUGCAGGGUUUAUGACUCAAGUCAGUCACUAGGGGGAGCUGUAAAUCUUUCCAAUUUGGGAAAUCAUAUUUCAGAUUAAGAUGUCCAUCUUUUUAUACAGUUGAUGGUUUAGACUGAAAUUAACGAGACAUUAAACGUACAGUAAUUGCUGCCGUGGCUACAAGACUCAAGCCCAACCCCUUUAUCUUUCCAAGUCUGCUACCUCAGUUGCAGGCCUUGAGAAAUACAUUUAAAGAGUAGUAUUUUUUGAGUUGUUAUGUGACUCCCUAUGUAGUUAUAGUUUGAUUGCCUUGCAGGUUUUUUGUUUGAUUUUGUGCUUUUUUUAAGUUUUUAUUCUUCCUCCACAUUGUGUUUUUUAUUUGUUCUGUAGGGUCGGCUGUAAGCAGAGGUACCUGCUCCUGAUUCUCAUGGACUCGGCUUUGUUCACUGCUUAUCCCCAGUCACAACUGUAUCUAGAUGUGUGCAUAUUUUAGCUUUGUGUGAUGAUGACUAUGCUUUUCCCCUCUUUUUUUUCAUUUCCCAGCUGUUUUUGAACCACCAUAAGAGGUGCUUUAUAAAUAAAUCAGUCAUUAAGUGAAGAAAUUACAACACUCUAUCCCAAAUCUUAUCAAUUUCUAGUGAUUCUGAACGCUUACAAACCACUGAAUGAUUUCUAUGGUAUUCUUUAGCACCUGUGUAAUGGCCUGCUCAGGACAAAUACGGCUCAGAUUGUAAGGCUCAGGGCUGAAUUGUCCAAUUAAUCUGACAGAACAGUGCAUUAAUCAGUUUCUUAUGGUCAGGUUAAUGGCUCAGCAUCCAUAAAGGUGCUUUCAGUAAGUGUGCUAUUAUCUUUGCAGUGUUUCAGGUGGACACAGGAAGAAGAAGAAGAGAAGAGAAUGCACCUGUACAAAUUGAUAUCAGCGCAAUUUACAAUUCAAGAUUAAAAUAAUGUGUGAAGCUGGUGCAUCUGCUCUGGUAUAUGUGGCAAUUACACAGCACCGUGGUAUUGUACUUUCAGCUGGUUUAAGACAUUUUAGCUCAUUAGAGUGCUAAUGCUAACAUGGUGAGCUUCGCUUUUCUGGACACACAUAAGCACCUGUAUCAUUGCCAUUGUACGGAGGCCCAAUGCAGACAUGCAUCCAUAUAUUUUACUUGCUUUUAAUGCUUUUCUAUUAUACUGUGUCAUUGCUAGUAGUUUUCUUGCUAUCUGAAAUGAUUUACGUGAUUAUUUUGAGAUGACACUCUUUUUUCCAACAAUGGGUGAAUUUCUCGAGAUCUCAAAAAAAAAAGAAAAAAAAAGAAAAAAGAAACUACCGUAAAAUUCAGUGUUUAAGACCAGUGUGGAAGGUAAUACACAACAAAACACUCAUAUAGCUUGUUUGUUUUAACCAGAAAUGUAAGGAGUUAGUUAUGCAAUUCAAUUUAAAGACCCUAUAGCACCACAUUAUGUAAUAACGCCGCAUUAUGUAAUAAUGUAAUACAUUUUCCAUCCAUCAUGUAAUAACGCUGCAUUUUCUAAGCCACUAAGCGGUUAGAGCUAGGGCAAGGUAGCUGGGUAGGGCAUACCUUGGAGCCCACACUAAGUCCUGUGGUUAGGGAUAUUAAAUAAUGUGGCUUUACAGUCCCUGUAAAGUGAAGUCCUAAAUUUGUCUUAACACACUAGAUAUGUUGGAAUACGGUUGCUGUAAACGUGAUAAACAUGUGACUGAAUUUUGGAUUUACACUAUAAGAAAGUUUUGUCCCUCCUUCCUGGCUGGGUUAAAUUUGGGCGGGGCAAAUAUGUGGGUUGGUGACGUCACUGGCCCACAGUAGGGAAUGACCCCGCCCUUCUAACACUAAGAUAUAAAAUCACAGAUCAGUUAUCUCAGUACAGUCUGUUGUUCGCUGA